UAUAUCGAUCAAAAAUUAGUUAAGAAAAUAGCCCGAAAUUCACCCCCCCAAAAAAAAAAAAAAGUCGAAGGAGAGGGAGAAGAGACGAGGAUCGAACCAAACCCUAGGAGGAGGAGGAGGAGGAGGACGACGACGACGACGACGACGACGACGACGACGAAGAAGAAGAAGAAGAAGAGGUCGAUCGCCCCCUUUCCAUGGCACACCCGUCGCCCCCGCAUCGGGGCUUCGUCUACGUGGGGAUCGUCCUUCUUCUGGGGUUAGGGUUUGGAUCCGACCUCGCUAUCGCCGCGGGGUUCAAGGUGCCCUUCCGCGUGAAGGACGUGCUCCCGAUCCUCCCGCGCCAGGUCUCGUGGCCCAUGAUGAGCACCAUCCACAGCGCCGUCGACCUCUUGCCCUCCUUCGUCGGCUCCGUCGGAGCCGACCCCUCGGGGAGCUCCCUCGCGUGGAAGGGGGCCUGCUUCUUCGAGAACGAGGCGCGGCUCGAGCUCACCGAGGGCGAUCGCGAGGAUGGGCUCGGCGGGGGGAUCCUCCACCUCAAGACUUCGGCAGCACACAGCUGGACAUGCAUGGAUCUAUAUGUAUUUGCGACACCAUACAGGAUAACAUGGGAUUACUACUUUGCCGCACGAGAACAUACCCUAGAGAUAAAGUCGUGGGAAGAACAAGCAGAAAUGGAAUAUGUAAAACAACAUGGUAUUUCUGUUUUCCUUAUGCCAUCCGGGAUGCUCGGAACUUUGCUAUCCUUGCUUGAUGUCAUACCCCUAUUUUCGAACACUAUCUGGGGCCAGAAUGCGAACUUAGCCUUUUUAGAAAAGCACAUGGGCGCCACAUUUAAGAAACGUUCCCAACCUCCAAUAACGAAUAUUAAUGUAGAGGAUAUUCACUCCGGCGACUUCUUGGCUGUGUCAAAGAUCCGCGGACGAUGGGGUGGAUUCGAGACUUUAGAGAAAUGGGUGACGGGUGCAUUUGCAGGGCACACGGCGGUUUGUUUAAAGGAUGAGAUGGGCAACCUCUGGGUGGGCGAAUCUGGCCAUGAAAAUGAGAAGGGAGAGGAGAUUAUUGUUGUAAUUCCGUGGGAUGAAUGGUGGGAGUUGGCGCUAAAGGAUGACUCCAACCCUCAGAUAGCUUUAUUGCCAUUGCAUCCUGACUUGCGUGCGAGGUUUAAUGAGACAGCGGCUUGGGAAUAUGCCAAGAGCAUGGCAGGGAAGCCUUAUGGUUAUCACAACAUGAUAUUCAGCUGGAUUGACACGAUAGCUGACAACUACCCACCGCCUGUUGAUGCUAACUUGGUAAUGUCUGUUAUGUCCAUGUGGACUAGAUUGCAACCUGUUUAUGCUGCUAACAUGUGGAAUGAAGCCCUUAACAAACGGCUUGGAACUGAGGAUUUGGACCUGCAUGCGAUCAUUGCUGAGACCGAAAGACGCGGGAUGACAUUCGAUCAGUUACUCACCAUCCCCGAACAAGACGAAUGGGUGUACAGUGAUGGUAAAUCAACUACGUGUGUUGCCUUUGUUCUUGCGAUGUACAAAGAGGCCGGAGUGUUUGCCCCAUUCUCCGAGUCCAUUCAGGUCACUGAAUUCACUAUUCGGGAUGCGUAUAUGCUCAAGAUUUUCGAGAGUAACCAAACACGGCUACCAAGUUGGUGUAACUCGGGGGAGGAGAAGCUUCCCUUCUGCCAAAUACUCGGAGAAUACCGGAUGGAGUUGCCAGAGUACAAUACAAUAGAACCGUACUCGAAAAUGAACGAGAACUGCCCUUCGUUGCCGCCGACUUACAAGAGACCGACGCGAUGCUGACCCUAAUUCCAUACCAGGUUUAAUUGAUAGGUGGGGCAAAAAGAAAAAAAGAAAAAAAUCUAAAAGCUCUGGUACUUCGCAUAUUAUUAGUUUUACCCAACAUUGUUGUUCCAUCUACCAUGUAAAUAAGUUGCUCUCUUUUAUGCUGCCGUUGUCAUCGUUGUCCCACUAAUAGGCGAUAGACAUUAAUUUCACACGAAAUGGGAGAGUACACAUGAACAGAUGCUGUUGCUGCUUCUUAAGUAUCAUAGUGUGGACUCAAGAUUUGCAGAUCAAAUCAGAUGAAAAGGUGCCCUGAUAGCAAAUUUAGUUUCAAUAUUUGUAAUCCUCAAGAGUAAUCUUUUGUAUUUUAUUAUCAUAAAUGUUUUUAAUGAAACUUGCUUGAACUUGAA